UCAUCUUCAUCUUCAUCUUCAUCCUCAUCUUCAUCUCUAUUAACAUUGAAUUCUCUCUCUUUCUCUCUUCAAUCUUCCUAUUAGACCUACAAGUAACAGCUCUUAGACACGCUCUCUCAUCAUUAUCAUCAUUUUCCUCCCACCUCAUCAUCCUCAUCUUCCUAUUGCUCUUCCUUAUCAUCUUCAACCUAUACUCCAUGAAGAUAUUCACAGAGAGAGAGAGAGAUGAAAACAGAACCAGAGGAAUCGUUUCAACCAUUGAUUCCUUUACUUUCUCUGUGUUAACUUUACUUUUGAUAUGCAACAAUUUAUUUGAUCAACUGAUCAACUCUCUCAAUUCAACACAAUCAACUAAGUCAAUCAGUUAACUAUCAAAAUAAUUACUCUGCAACUAUUUACACUAUCAGUUGAUUAUCAGCUACUUAAAUCAUAAUCAACUUGUAAAUCAAAAAUGAUUAUCUCAUAUACAGAUCGCAAGGUAAUCAUCAAUCUUUUUUUUUCCUUUCAACUUUUUCUCCUCUUUUCCAUCAAUAUUUGUCUCCAUUAAAUUCCCAUUGGAUUUGCAACACGUAUUAAUAUUAUUAAUCAUCUUAAUCAUCGUCAAUAGUUGAUAAUUAAAAUAAUCAUAUAACAACACUGAUUAAAAACAAUGGAUUACUUUGACUUUUCAGUGAUUAUCUUAAUCAUCAUCAGUUCAUCUCAAGUGCUCACAACUUUUGCUCAAAAUCCUCCUAGACCAGUUUCUCGAACUAAAGAGUCCGAACGUAAACUUGCCGUGCCGAUAGGUAGUCAGGCCAGUUUACCUUGUCCAGUUGAGACUCAUGAGACUUUGGAUGGUGAAAAUGUAGGCCAAGAAGAUGAAGACGAAGAUGAAGAUGAUACUGAUAACGUGUACAUCGAAUGGUACAAAGAUGGUUCUUCAUUGAACAUAUUUGACAAUCGAUUUCGUAAAACACAAAGUGGAGCACUUCGUAUCAGAGAUACCCGAUUAACCGAUUCCGGUCAGUAUAAAUGUCAAGCAGUUAAUGGAUUUGGAGCAGUUGAAAUGUUCAUUCAGCUAAUAGUUUUUGAUGAAAAUGGUUUAUCAAUUCAAUCAACAACUACGACUACAACCACAACAACAACAACAACUACAACUACAAUACCACCGGAAAUUGACAGGAUUGAUGAAGAUCCGGUAACAUCUUUUCCAGCAGAUCCAUUGGAUCCCUUGUUAUCCACAGUUAACUCUUAUAAUCGACCAAUAUUAUCACCAUCAUCAUCUCUCGAGCCUAAAAUAUUUGGCUCAACAAUUAAAUCGGUUGAUAGUGACCUUUGGGUGGAUAAAUUAUCGUUACCCUUUAUCGUUGCUUCAAUCGGCGCCAUUUUCCUUGUGUUAAUUAUCCUUUUACUGUUAUUAUCUUAUAUUAAAUUACGCUCACCGAUUAAUCCUAAAUUUAAUCAAGUCCUUGAUCGUCCAGCUGGUUUAUUUGGUCCAACAAUUAACCACAAUGAUUUAAAUCAUGAACAAAGACAAUAUGAUAUGUAUCCAAUUACAAAUCGUAACAAUAAUAAUCAAUCAACUCCAAUAGGUCAUCAUCAUCAUCCCAAUUACUCUGGAUUAACAUCAACACCACCACCAACUUCCCAUUAUCAUCGGCAUUUAUAUCAUCAUCCAACACCACCUAGACAACCACCACCACCACCACCACCACCAACAAUACCACUUCCUCAUCAUCCGGCAACAAUUAAUCAAUCAACUCCGUCCCACUUUACAUUCAUCUCUCCAUCAAAUAAUAAUGAGCUUAGAACUGAAUCUAAUAGUGAUAAACCCGAUUCGACAGUCGAUUCCUCUGUUAUUUAUGAAUCUCCGCUGGAAUUUGACCUUAAACCAAAUUUCCCAAGGAAAACACCUUAUGGAUACCUUUGCUAAUUAACUUAUCGAUUUUACUAUCAAUCAAAUCAACCAAUUGAUUUAAAUUCUAUUGGAGCCAAAUGAACUCGAAGAAAAAAAAGAUUCACUCGAUGAUAUUAACCAAGAAUCUUCCAUAUCUUUAACUGUUCAAAUUCAACAAUUGUAACGUUAAUUGUUACAAUUAACGUUAAUCAACUUUCGGUUGAUAGUUUUGCUCACACCUUUGAAGAUUCAUCUAACUGAUUUCAUGGAAAUCAAGUGAAACAAUUAAGAAUGACAGUUUCUAACUUUCACUUUAUGGAACCAAAUUAAUUUCCAUUGUAAUUGUUAUCAUCUUAAUUAUCACUUAAUUGUAAUUUAUUCAUUCUGUCAAUCAUCAUCAUAUCAUAAUCCUUAUUAUAAUAAUUUGUUUGAUUGUAACACUCUUGAUUAUACUUGAUU